AUGGCGGAACUGAACUGUUGGCCAUAUGCCCUUCGUAUGCAAUUUGUCCGGUCCUACGUCGUCGGUGCGGCGCGAAAUUGGUUCAUCGGUCGUGACUUCGAAAAUUGGGACGAGUUCACAAAGAAAUUCCGAAGUACGUUUGUUAGACAACUGCGAAUGGCGGACAGGUGGGAAGCCAUGCAGAAACGGCGACAAGCUCAAGACGAACAUAUCAUGGCGUAUCUACAAGAAAAGUCGAGAUUGUGUCGUGCGUUGGCAUUGACGUUCGGUGAGAGUCGCGACUAUAUUAUACAAGGUAUUUAUUCGAAAGAAUUAGCUAUGUACGUGUUAGGUAGAAAUCACGACAAUGAGGACGCGUUGUUAGGGGAUUUGUUGGAUUGGACAAGGAUGAAUGCUAUUCGGACCGAGAUUAGGACCGAAUGCAAGCAAGAAAAGGGGCAUUCUACUGCGAAGACCAAUAUUAAAAGCGGUCCAAGGCGCGCGGAAGCAUCAACUACCUCGAAACCAAAGUGGGGUUCGAAAUUCGAAAAGACUGAACAAGUUGGGAAAACUGCUAGUGAAGCAGGCGAAGAAGACAAGUCUUCUUGUUGGGUGUGCCGUAAGGUCGGUCACUGGACGAGAGACUGUCCGCUGAAGAAGGCUAGGAAGUGUUUCGCCUGUGGUGCCGAGGGGCAUUUUGCUCGUGACUGUAAGUCACAACAAACGGUAAACAAUGUGACAAUGUCUAAGGAGCCUGAAGAAAAUCCAUAUAUAAAGUACGGUUCCAUACAAGGCGUUGACAUGACUGUGCUGUUAGAUACGGGGAGUUACUACACGCUCCUAAGGUCAAGUGUGGCGGAGCGUUGUAACCUAAAGUUGAGAGAAACCAAAAAAAUGCCGUUUGGGUUAGGAAGUGUAUCCGUACCAUCGGUAAGUGCUGUGGGAAAAGCCGAUGUCAUGGUGACUGUGGAUGGUGUCGAGGCUGGACCAAUCAGAGUUCUGGUAGUAGCGGACAGUGUACAGCGUUAUGAUAUGAUAGUGGGUCACAACUGGCUUGAUUUGGACACCGUGACGUAUAAAAAGGAAGGUGGUAAAUUUACGUUGUGUGAGACACAGGACGAGAUGAGUUGGCGUGAUGUGUCAGUCGUGACUUGGGCGGACAAACUAGACACGUUAGCAGUUUUGACGGCGUCCCCUGAACCUAAGCGGAGACCACUUGUAAUAGAAGAUUUCAAGCACGUGAACGCCGAAGUGACUGAUGAAGACAGGACUCAGCUCCUUGAGCUGAUCAACAGAUUCCGCAGUUGUUUUGCAUUGGGAAUUGAAGAACUAGGGUGUACAAAAAUGUCAGUAAUGGAGAUCAAUGAAAUGGAAGGUAGCGAACCAGUUACCUGCAGACCAUACAAGACUACAGCCGCAGACCGCGAAGCGAUAGCAGAAAUUAUCGGUGAGUGGAAACAGCACGGGGUGGUAGUGGAAACCGACUCACCCUAUGCCAGUCCGGUGAUUCUGGUGAAGCAGGGCGGCAAAAAUAGGUUGUGUGUAGAUUACCGAAAGCUGAACAAACAGGUGUUAAGGCACAAUUUUCCACUGCCAGACCUCCAAGAACAAGUAGAGUCACUGAGGAACGGGAACUACUUCGUACAACUAGACCUGGCGACAGGAUAUUUACAGGUCCCAUUGUCGGAGGCAGCUCAGACAAAAACAGCAUUCAUCACGCCUGAUGAUACGGGACAAUUCACCAGGAUGCCUUUUGGGUUGGCCGGGGCGCCCGGAGAAUUUACCAGGCUGAUGCGGAAGGUGCUGGGUAACCUACGGGACAAAGUGGUAAAGAAUUAUUUAGACGACUGGGUCAUCGACGCGGUCGACUGGUCAGACAUGUUGAAUAAAUUAACCAUGGUCUUGGAAAGACUUAAGGAAGCAAACCUUACGCUGAGACCGUCCAAAUGUUUGUUUGGUGCCAGAAAGAUAGAGUUUUUGGGGUUCGUGGUCGGAGAAGGAAAAAUCAGUCCAGGCAAGGACAAGAGUAAGGCAAUUGAAGAGUUUCCUACUCCGAAGGAUGUCCAUGCAAUUCGAAGAUUCUUAGGGCUCACGGGUUUCUUCAGGCGGUUUGUUAGAAACUAUGCUACCCUAACUGAACCCCUGACCAGAUUGACAAAGAAGGGAGCCGAGUUCGAGUGGGCCACAUCUCAACAGGCUGUGUUCAAAGAGUUGAAAAGGAUUUUUGUGGACACACCAAUAUUUUGUAUGUUCAAUCCGGAAGCAGCGGUGACGGAAGUUCAUACAGAUGCAAGCGCUGUGGGGCUAGGAGCCAUGCUGCUGCAGAGUGCUGAGGAGGGAGCACCCCUACAAAUUGUAUACUGCAUCAGUAAGAAGCUAGGCAUGGCUGAGACUCACUAUCAUUCAAGCAAGCUGGAGUUGAUGAGCAUGGUUUGGGCAGUCGACAAGUGGAGACAUUUUCUCCUAGGGAUAAAGUUUUCAAUUAUAACAGACUGUCAGGCGUUAGUUUAUUUAAGGACGCAUAAAGCUACACGGCCACAAGUUACAAGGUGGUAUGAUGUACUACAGGAGUAUAAUUUUGAUAUAUUCCAUCGUCCGGGCACGAAGAUGGCACAUGUAGAUGCUCUGUCGAGGGACCCAAUCUCGGAUGAAGAAGGUGAGACCCUGGAUGAAGUGUUAGCAGGACGGUUGGAUGUAUGCAUGACGUUAGAAACGGAAGACAAGGUGCGUAUGGCACAACAAGUCGAUGAAGAGGUGCGCCACAUAGUGACCAUAAUGCUAAAACCAGAGAACAUCCGGACGAAGGCCGAACAAGCUAUAGCACAGGAAUACAGUCUCAGGGGUAAGUUACUGUAUAGAACGUACCGGGGAAAACAACUUUUUGUGAUGCCAAAGAGCAUGCGUAAGAGUAUUGUAGUAGCAGCUCACGACCUGGGUGGUCACUUGUCAGUGGACAAGACCGUAAGCAAAAUUACACAGGACUUUUGGUUUGUGGGACUCCGGAGAUACGUGAGGUUCCACAUAAGGAUGUGUAUGGAGUGCCUGAUGACGAAGAAGCCGAGGGGUAAGCAACCAGGGGUCUUACACCCCAUACCACCAGGACGGAGACCAUUUGAAGUAGUCCAUGGAGACCACAUUGGACCUUUUGUAACUAGCACCGAAGGAAAUAGGUACAUAUUGGUGUUAGUGGACAACUUAACUAAAUUUGUAUCCUUGUUUGCAGCGACAGACACUAGUACCGAAGGAGUAUUGUAUGCGAUGGACAAAUUUGUGAACAGGUACGGGUUGCCCAAGAAGUUGAUCACUGACAGGGGCACUUGUUUUACGUCCAAGCGGUUUGAGAACUUCUGUGAGGUUCAUGGUAUCUCCCACAUAUUGAACUCUACGAGAAGACCUCAAGCAAAUGGUCAAGUUGAGAGGAUAAACAGCGUUAUAUUGGCCAUGUUGAUUUCAAAAGCAGGAGAGGAAGACCAGUGGGACACUUUGUUGUCAGAGGUGCAACGUCAGAUCAACAACAGCGAAUCCAAAGUGACAAGACAUACUCCAUUUGAAUUACUACAUGGAUACCGACCACGAUUCGAGUUGGGUAGGUUGCGUGACCUAUCGACUACCGCUGAAGAAUGGCUAUGUCCCUCUGAACUGUGGGAAGAUGCGCGAAAUGAGAUAGUGAAGCAAAAGGAAAGGGUUAAGACAGCCUACGACAAGCAUCGUCACAACCAAACACAAUAUGUAGUUGGAGAAGUAGUAGUGAUGGCCAGAGCACCAGUCGCUACAGGCAUGUCCACUAAACUACAGGAGCGAUACCGUGGACCUCUUGUCGUGACAGAAGUGUUGCCAAAUGAUGUGUAUCGAGUCUCACAGCUGGCAGAAGAUGGAGCAAGACACUAUGCAACAACAGCACACGUAUCACAGUUGAAGUCGUGGAAGCUCGCAGAGACCUCUGAUGUCAAUGAGGACAUUACAGAAGAAGAAGAGCCGGAACAGAUUGCUGAGGAAGCAGAUGUUGGGAACACUGAACAGGACCAAGGAGAAGAAGUUGGAGUGAGGAAGUCCACCCGACUAAGGAGGAAACCGAGGAAGUUUAAUGACUAUGAAUGA